UAUAACACCUGGCAUCACUGGCAUACAAAUGGCACCCCUGGCACUAUCUGCGUUUCAAGUGCCACAGAAUCUGGGGGGAAGUGGCUCGUAUUUUCCAAACGGUGUGGGAGAUCGCUCAUAUGAUGGUGUGCUCGAGGUCGAAGGCCGAGAUGCCAACAGCAACCUCGCUUUCAUGGCCUUCGUGAUGGCACUCCUCGACACUGUUGUCAAUAUCGUCAGCACCAUCAACGACAACAACAACAACAACAAUGACAACAAUAACAACAACAAUAACAAUAACAACAAUGCCAAUAUCAAUGAACUUGUGGCCAUGAGCGAGAACACCAACAACAACAUGGUGACCGGCAAGACUCUCUUCCAGCGGGUGAGCCGUUUCUUGCAAGACGCUGUGACUACCAUUACGGCUCCCAUUGUCUCUACUAUUAAUUCUCUUCCUUUCAUGCCUUCUUCUUCCUCUUCUACUUCUUCUUCUUCCUCUUCUUCUUCUCUUCUUCUUCUUCUUCUCUUCUUCCUCUUCUUCUUCUUCUUCUUCUGCUUCUUCUUCUUCUUCUUCCUCUUCUUCUCCUGCUCUAGUAUCCUCAUCGUCUUCCAAUUCCAGCUCUUCUCUCGUGCCUCCGCUUUCUCCUUCUUCGUCCUCCUCCUCUUCUUUUAUUCCUUCUUCUGUUUCGUCUAAAUCUUCUCUGUCUUCUGCUUCUUCCCCCUCAUCGUCCUCUGUGUCUUCUGCGUCUCAAUCUGAUUUACUUUCUCACUCUGUUUCAUCGUCUACUUUCCCAUCCACUCCUUCGUCAUCUGCGAAGUUUUCCUCGUAUUAUUACACUUCUCCUUCCUUUUCUUAUUCUCCUUCUUUAUCUUUCCCAUCUUCCUCGUCUCCCUCCCGUCCGUCAUCCAACCAUCGUUUUCAUUCUCCCUCAUCUUCUCUCUCUUCUUCGUCUUCCUCCUCCUCUUCCUCUUUCCCCUCCUCUGCCUCCGCAUCAUCAUCCCUCCCCUCGUCCCAUUCCUCCCUUCUCGCAUCUUCCUCAUCCUCUUCUUCUUCCUCCUCUUCUUCCUCCUCAGGUUCUUGGCGUUCAAGAAUAUUCCGAAAGGCACCGCAGGAGGUGAACAGAGGAACCACGUGACCAACGAUUUCGCUUUCGACUCUUCGUACCCCCAAAUCCCACGCUUUUAGAAAUGUCAAUAAAAAU